UAUUUACGCUAAACUGAUUGGGAUGCAUGGAAAUAGGCUAAAAUUUUCUUAUUGUGCUUGAUUUUCAGUCCAUGUGCAACAGGGGGCCACAUUGGCACAUUAUGCAAACAGCUCGGUGCGCAAUUACGCAAGAAUAUGACAGAGAUGUGAAGCUUGCUUUUGUUCCAAUCCUUUUUCCAUGAUGAAAACGUGCUUUGAUUUGACCAUCGACUCUGCUUUUCUACAGGACUACAGCAACAGAGGGAAACAGAUGCAUAAACAUUUCAAGGCAGCACCAGACUCCUCCUAUUCCCCACGUCCAAUUAGUUCUUCUGCUCCGGCCCUUUAAGACGCAGCAGCGGGUCACCAAGUGGUGUAGUGUUUCUCUAAUUGAACUUCGCCCAAUCAACAAUAAGUCGUUAGCAGUCGCUUUGCUUUUCUUGGUGCCUGGAAGCCUUUUUCCCCCCUUCUCCCCCUUUCAGGGAUUCACCACCUCCAGUCAGCCACUUUCUAAAGAUCCGCAUGGAGUUUGGCAGAGGAAUCGGGACGCUCUGAGGGGAAUACAGCGCGGCUGCCUCUGCAACUACGCCCGAAGCAUGGUUAUUUUGGAGGAAGGCUCUCAGGCGAGCUAAGUUUCCAGCUUUGGACUCGAAGCAUUGAGCUACAGCGGAGUUCUACCAGAGCCCCGAGCUCUAGAGGAAACGCUUGUGGACGUUUUAAAUCUGCCAUUUGAAUGAAAUAAUCAACUUUUUUCCUUGAGAGCAGCGAUAUCUGCGGGAGUGCGAUGACCUCCAGUAAAGACAUGAAGGCAGGGUCUGUGCUGCAGUCCGGCGGCGAGGAGCGGAGGCGGGCUCCGCUGGACCAGUUGCCGCCGCCGGCCAACUCCAACAAGCCGCUGACGCCGUUCAGCAUCGAGGAUAUCCUCAACAAACCCUCAGUGAAGAAGUCGGUGGCCAGCAUCUGUCCGCCGCGAGUGCUGGAGAAAGUCACGGGCUCCAACGCGGCAAGAAACGGGAUCAGCACUCCGUCCUCGCCUCUCUGCGCGCUGGAGGAGCUGGCCAGCAAAACGUUCAAGGGUCUAGAAGUCAGCGUCAUCCAGGCAGCAGAAGGUCGGGAGCACCUGAACUCCUUCGGGCAGCGGCAGACGUCGAAGAAGAGGAGAAAGUCGCGGACGGCCUUCACCAACCACCAGAUCUACGAGCUGGAAAAGCGCUUCCUCUAUCAGAAGUACCUCUCUCCGGCCGACCGUGACCAAAUCGCGCAGCAGCUGGGACUCUCCAACGCGCAGGUCAUCACCUGGUUCCAGAACCGCAGGGCCAAGCUCAAGAGGGACCUGGAGGAGAUGAAGGCGGACGUGGAGUCGCUGAAGAAGAUCACUCCGCAGACCCUGCAGAAGCUCGUCAGCAUGGACAACAUCGAGGACCCACAGGGUGGGGGCCCCGGGGCCCGGUCACCCAGCGUCUCCCCAACCUCACAAGGACACCGAGCCUUCCCACAGUCCCCCUCCUCAUCCAGAGACCAAACCACGGAUGAGUUUUCGGAGGAUGAUGAAGAGAUUGAGGUGGACGAUUAACAGUCAGGAGGGGACUGGAAUUUUCAUAAACAAGAAAAACAAAAAAGGGACUUUUUUUUUUCUUCCCAAACUUUUGCACGGAUAUUGAUAAAAGGAGAAUACACACAUAUGUGAACAUUCGGGAUAAUUUUCCUUUUUUUAUUUCUUCACUUUAAUUUAUUAAUCUGACUAAUAAUGAAUCCCUCCUGUUUAAGUUUCAAUACAUGAGGGACAUAUCUGGUUUUCUUUCAGGCAGAGCGUGGCAACAUUUAAAUAGAAAUUAUAAUUUUUCAGAGGUUAAUCGCCUUUAGAGGCGAAGAUAAACGUUGUGCAAUUAUUGCUUAAUGCGCCAUUAAUUCACAUUGUCCAGUUGCCAAAUAUCUCAAAUUAAUCCUAUUUUUGAUUUGAUUUAAUAUCGCCCUCUGUCCAUAUAUUUUUUUUAAAUCUCUGCAAGCGUGCAGGCCUCCUAGAGGCGCCAACCGACAACAACUGCACCAACUUCUGACCCGCUCUGAGUUCUGUAUAUAGAUCAAACAUCCUAUGCGAUAAUUUUAUUGUAACGUUCUAUUUAAUCAGCAUCUAUGUAAAUAAAGGUUAUAUUGUAUU